CACAGUGCAAAGUGCACGCGCCUGCUCCACCACGACGCAGUCAUCACUACACUCAUGAUAUCUUCACUGCACCACAUCUCGGCUCUGACACGACCUGGGACACAGACCUGUGCUGAGUUAUCCAUCGCUUAUCUGUUUCUGUGGAGAUACUGGGAGGUGGACAGUUGAGACAAGACCAUGUUUGUGACUGUGCUCCUGCUCCUGGUCACUCUGUGUGCCGUGGGAGGACAUGGUGAGGAGCCAAAGAGAGCCGGCCAUGUCUCGGUGGUGAUAGUGGGAGCCACCGGUGACCUGGCAAAGAAGUACCUGUGGAACGGCUUCUUCCAGCUCUAUGUAAAGCAGGUCAGUAGUGGUAACACCUUCUCCUUCUACGGCGGAGGACAGUCCCCUGCCGACAAAGCCAAUCCACUCCUCUUCGAGAUCCUGAAGUCGGUGUCGUGCUCAAAGGGCGUGUCCGAGGAGCGCUGCGCUCUUCUGAAGGAGCAGUUCCUUCGACUCGCACAGUAUCGGCAGCUGAGAACCCUUGAGCACUACCGGGAUCUGGCCAAGCACAUUGAGAAACGGCUUCAGGAGGAGGGAAUCACAGAGGCAGGGAGGCUCUUCUACCUCUCAGUGCCAGCUUUUGCAUACGCAGACAUCGCAGAUAAAAUCAAUAACAGCUGCAGACCGACCAGCGGGGCAUGGCUGAGGGUGGUGCUAGAGAAACCUUUCGGACACGACUCUACGAGCGCUCAGGUGCUGGCGUCUCAGCUCGGGGCUUCCUUGAGGGAAGAGGAGAUGUACAGAAUCGACCAUUACCUGGGGAAGCAGGUGAUUGCGAAGAUACUUCCAUUCAGAAUACAGAACAAGAAGUUUCUGGAUCCCAUCUGGAACAAGCACCACAUUGAGAGAGUGGAGAUUGUGAUGAAAGAGACCCUGGACGUUAAAGGUCGUAUUCCCUUCUACGACCAGUAUGGUGUGAUCAGGGACGUGAUACAGAACCACCUGACCGAGGUCAUGAUGCUGUUGACCAUGAGGCUUCCCCGAAAUCUGACCUCCAGUGAGGAAGUCGUUGAAAACAAGCUGCGGAUCCUCAGUUCACUGCUGCCCUUAGGAAAGAAUCAGGCUGUGAUUGGCCAAUACCGAGCGUACAAGUCAGAGGUUCAGCAGGAGCUGAAUAAAACCAAACAUCACAUCAGCGUCACGCCAACGUUUGCAGCUGUGUUGGCCCACAUCGAUGAGACCCAGUAUGAGGGUGUUCCCGUGCUUUUAAUCUCAGGGAAGAUGUUGGAUGAGCGGGUGAGUUACGCCCGUAUCCUUUUCAAGAACGACAUCUUUUGCGUUCAGAACCACGACAGCGUUCACUGCAAACCCAAACAGAUCGUUUUCCACCUGGGUCAUGGCAGCCUCCAGUAUCCGGCCAUUCUUGUGAGCAAGAAUUUAUUCAAGCCGGCUUUAAUGGAGGGUGAGUGGAAGGAAGUGACUGAGCACAGAGACGCCAGUGUUUUAGGUUUGCCCGUUUCAGACUACUACGUGCAAACACCAACAGAGCAGAGGGAAGCGUAUGAAGAGCUGAUCGCUCACAUCUUUGCUGGGCAGAAGAACAGUUUCAUUAGUGUUGAAAACCUGCUGGCAUCGUGGGACCUGUGGACACCACUGCUCACUAGCUUAGCCAGCUCUUUCCCCCGCAUCUACCCUGGCGGUGCAGACAAUGAGGACCUGUUGGACUUCUGUCUGACAGGGAAGGACAUUCGCUACAAAAGCGAGGUGGUGAUAAUCAGCCCAGAUCAGAUGGGUGGCAUGGCACCAAACGGUUUCCAAGUCAUUCAAGGCAAAUUUCGGAGUUCCGACAUGGUGUCCGCCUGGGCCGAGGAGCUGGUGGAGCGGCUGGCUGCAGACGUGCAGGAGGCGGCAGAGGCAGCGGUGCGUGAGAGCGGCGUUUUCCAUCUCGCCCUCUCUGGCGGGUCCUCACCCAUCGCUCUGUUCCACCGGCUGGUCCUGCACCACUUCUCCUUCCCCUGGAGGGACACCCACGUGUGGAUGGUGGAUGAGCGCUGCGUGGCGCAGACUGAGCUGGAGUCCAACUUCUACACAAUGUACAACCUCCUGCUGCAGCACGUUAGGAUACCGUACUUCAACAUCCACCCCAUGCCAGUGCAGCUCAACCACCGUCUGUGUGUGGAGGAGGACGGAGGAGCACAGCUGUACGAGAAGGACAUCAACAAUCUGGUGAACGGCUCCAGCUUCCACUUCGUGCUGUUGGGAGCCGGCUACGACGGCCACACUGCUUCUCUGUUCCCUGGAACUAAAGUGGAGGAGUACGGGGAGAGUCUGGUGGUCCUCACCGAGAGCCCUGUCAAACCUCACCAGCGGAUGAGCCUCACGUUCAGCGCCAUUAACCGGGCACGCACAGUUGCUAUGUUAGUGAUGGGUAAAGGCAAACAUGAGCUGGUCACCCAGCUGAGCCGAGUGAAGGACAACCCAGAAAAAUGGCCGGUCACGGGGGUGAAGCCUGCUAAUGGCCGACUGGUGUGGUACAUAGACUAUGAUGCACUUUUAGGCCAGUGAUCUUCAUCCUGACUUCCCAUCACACAGCUGCUUAAAUUCAGCAUCUGGUUUGGAGUGAAGAGCGUGUGAGGACCAGUACAUGUUUUAGAUUGUUAAUUACUAAACACAUAAACUGAUCAUUACUGCUGCAUUUCUUUAAUGUCAGUGUUUUUCUGAUUGAUUUCCUGACCUGCAAACAUGAUCUUAAAUCAAAAGAUCUGGGGGGGUUCUUGUGGGGAAACAUGGACACUGGACAAGAUUACAUUUGUGUUUCAUCACAUUAAAAGUGAAACUGUUUCUUGCUCACGGAUUGACCGGCAAGAAAGAGUUGUAAAUUUAGAUUUACUCCCAAAUACAGAUGGAGAAUUGAGAUGAGCAGUUCAAGUUAACAUUGGGAAAACCCAUCCAGUUCUGAAUUACUAUUCCCUGUCGGGUAUAUUUAAACCCAUGCAAAACGUACUGCAUGUCCAAAUGAUGUAGUAUGAACCACAGCAGACACUGACCUAUGGAAGGAAAAGGCAGGAAUGUGAAGUACAUGUUAUUAUUUGCUAAUGAGUCACACACAGCAGGUACGGCCCUUUCAUUAUUCAAAGUUAAACUUUGUGUGAAUGUUCUUCUGUGUGUGACUGUGUGAAGGGAUCGUCGUGCAGACUCUUUAUGGUUUAUCUAAUGCUAAUCGAGGGUGAGGUGAGUGAAAAUCUGUACAAAAUGUGCAGAAUUAUCAUAACGUCUGAAUUGUAUCAGAUCUCAGGUGAAUUUCUGAAUGUUUACAUAAAUGCAGUUCACUGUGUGAUCUUUACUUUUGAUUGUAUAUUUCGUAUACUUGAGUGGCAGUGAUGAGUUGAAUAAAAUGAAAAUGUGACAGUUGAAUAAAUAUUUUGUUUGUGUAACAACAAAAGAUUUGUAAUUUUGAAAAUAAAAGGAUUUAAAAUCU